AUGCGAACCCGGCUGGCAUUGGCCGCGACAACACUCCUGGGAACGGUUUUGGUGGGCUCCCUGGCGAUGUCAUCGAUUCCGAGGGGAGCGCAACUGGUGUAUGAUUGGCUAAACGCAUCGUAUAUCUUCACUGGAGUUGCCUUGAUGUGGAUGCUGAUUUCGGCGCUGUGGAGCAGUCUGCCUCCAAAGUACAUGUGGCUGACGAUGCAGACCACGCUAGAGAAGUUCGACACUCCGAUGUACCGGAUGUUGUUGAACUCUGGGAUUGGGCUCGAUACGGCCUUCACCGCCUGGAUCAAUGCUGCUCUGGUAAACAAGUACCGGAACAUCAUCUUGUGCCAAGGCAGCCCCACACAGGACGCGGAGGUCGAGCUUCCACUUGAGGACGUCGUGGCCCGUCAGCCCGACUUUUUCUUCCUGCACGCCGACGAAAUCUGCGGCUGGUCGGAUACCCUGGGGGGCAACUAUGUCAUCUCCCUGAAAAAGGAAUUCUGCAUCGGACGUUCUGCAAAACCUGAAUACACAAACAUCACCGAGUGCUUCAAAGAGGGCGGGAAACCACUGAACGAGCGCUAUACCGAGCUGGCCAAGAAUGCUUCAUGCGGUGAUACAGAGAUUCUGUAUCGUGACUACAUCGCCACUGCGGCACUUAGCUGCCCUGAGUCAGCGAAAACAGCGAAAGUUGCGGCACGUGGAGUUAUGAUCGAGUUGCUAGUCCGCAUGGUAUUGGCUGCUAAUGGCGCUGAUGGAAAGUGCUACGCGGACUCCGCCCAAACAUCGCCUAUAACUCCCACGACCGGCACGCUGGCCCCGCACGACGAUGUCACUAUUCCAUUUGAGGCGCACUUCGCUUUUCUCACUACGGAACCGCUGUGCAGUCUCAACAAUACCGCCGCUACCGAAAGUCUGGCUAUCCUACAGAACGGUCUUUGUGACGGCAAACAAUUGAAGAUAGAGUUCGAGCUGAUAACGGAAUGUUUCCUAUAUGGCGAACGUUUGUUUGGAGAUGCCAUGGAGGAACAGCUUGUCCAGAUGCCGUGCAGAACCGCUAUUCAGCAUUACAACGUUUAUAUCAAUGCUGUCGCCGGAAUGUGUCCAUACCCGGAACAGGCCCGUAUUUCCGCAGGGCAUGGCUUGUACAUACAGGCAAAAUACUGGACAGCUAGGCGCAGGGGCACCGAGUUGGAGAGUUGCUAUCAGAGGCUGGCCAACGACGUCGCCAAGCUGAGGAUGAAGUCGCUCUCAACCCUCGUGCUGCUCCUUGGAGUCGGUUUCGCCCAAUUUUCACCACCUUCAGCAUCGUCAUACUUGGACGGCACUUUCCCUUUCUGGGCAGAUAAAACCCUCGAGAUCGCUGUGAAUUUGGUUUGCCGUGAUGGAGGUGAUGCUCAUCCGGAAGCUUAUGCGGCGGCAAAACAGGAGCUGUGUGACGGUGCUGCCCUCAAAACCGAAUACUCACAGCUCUCCUUGUGCUUCGAGAAGAACAAUUUGGUGGCUGCUGCUUUGAAUCCCGUUAAGUGCAGGGCUGCGCCGUACGUC